AUGGGUUUAACUUAUCGUACUUAUUUGAACGGUAACCGCAUUUUCGGAUGCAAUAAAUGUCGAACACACCUCUCUACAACUGAUAGCAUUAUUUCAAAGGCAUUUCAAGGUCAACAUGGUCGUGCUUAUCUCUUUGAUACUGUAGUUAAUGUGGAAGAAGGACCUUCUGAAGACCGCCACAUGACUACUGGCCUGCAUACUGUUAAGGAUAUACAUUGCUCCCGCUGUCGAUCCGUACUGGGAUGGAAAUAUGAGAGAGCGUACGAGCAGAGUCAACGUUAUAAGGAGGGAAAAUAUAUUCUGGAAAAACAGCUUCUCACUGAUGUCAAUUGA